AUGAUGAACGCUGGGGUUGGAGAAGCCUUGUCUUCCCCUUCUGCUGCUCUCUGCCGGGGCUUUUCCCCUCUGAAGGUGGCUGAGGUGGGAGGUGGUUUCAGAGGAAAGGAGCAGUGCUGCUAGAACUUUCCUGAAAUUACCCUGAGUGUGCCUGGAGCAGUCCCCAUCCCCCCAACCCCCUCUCCCUAUCUGACAGGAAUGCCCCCCACACCACACACACAGCUCUCAUCUUCCCACCCAGUGCCGCUGCGCCAUUUGUCUACUGACUGGGAGGUCCUAUACUGCCACUACUUCUUCACGUCUAGGGGGAAAAUAUAACAGCUACCUCCCCUUCUGUGUUUUCUUAUAUUCUCGUUCACUUCUUAUGCCAUGAUUCCGUCAUGUCUGGCUCCGGUUAUACUUCAAUUAUGUGCUUUGCUAUUCCAACACACAGAUCAGUUAAGCAAUGACAACAUCACUGACUUUAUUAUAACAGUGGAGGAAUGUCCAAGUCAUUAUCAGCUGCUUGUUUGUCUCAGGUUGAGAUAGAUAAUAUAUGCCAUAUAGCAGAGGCUUUUAUCCAAAGCAACUAACAGUAGUGUGUGCAUACACUUUCGUAUGGGGGGUCCCAGCGGGACUCAAACCCAUGAUCCUGGCGUUGCAUGCGACGUUCUCUACCAACUACCAGAUUUCCCAUACAAGGCAGUGAAUUAAUGACAAGUAUCUCUGGAGACCAGAUAGAUGUGUUGUUCUAAAGUACCGUUUCCCAAAUGAGUGUGACGAAAGCGCUUGUGAGGGCAAACAAAACGGGGGUUGGAGGGGGCUGUAGAUCUAGUUUGUUUAUCUGAGUUGUCCAAGAGUUCCUCCUUAUUCCCCGGGAGUAAAAGCCUUAAAGCUGGUUCUCCUCUGCGGGCUGUCUACUUGGGAUGUGUAUGUGUGUGUGAAAAGCUGAGAAGGAGUGAGAGAAGAGCCAAGAGGAUGUCAGGGAAGGGAGAGCUGAUGAAUGGGGGAGACAGGUCUGUGGCUUUGCUGUCCUCGGCUGGAGCUUCUCUUUAUGGCCUUGGGGCCGCAGCCAGAUCUCUCGUUUGGUUGCCAACAGCAACAAAGUCGUGGUAAAACCUUCCUUCCAACAUCUUCAUUUUUCUGCUUUGUCAACAUGAAAAGUGUAAUGAGAUGAUUCCUCUUUUGAAGUUAUGGGUGUUGAGUUAGUUUAAGAACUAUUUGGGCACCGAUUUGACUGUGCAAAUAAGCAGUGCUAGUGAAAGGAGACUAAAUGUUCUAAUUUCUUUCUAAAUCUCUAAUUUUAAUGUGGGUUUAGUGUGUAACAGUGCAGAUGCAGAAUGAAGGAUUCAGUUGCUUAACUUGCAUUCCAACCUUCUUUCAAACCUACUAUACUGGUCCAAAACAGUAUGGCACACCCUAGCAAAACGUUUUAAAAACAUUACAAUCGUUAUUUCUUAUUGGACAAGUCCAGGUUGUCCCUCGCUGUUUCAAUCGUUUUUAUUUUGUAAAAAAUGUUUAUUUGGUACAUAAUGAACACGUCCCAGAGCCUAUGCAGUUGCAGUCAUGCUGCCUCACAAUCUCUCCUUCCCUCCCCUUCAGGAUGUGAAGAUCUUCCGGGCGCUCAUCCUUGGGGAGCUGGAAAGGGGUCAGAGCCAAUACCAGGCCCUGUGCUUCAUCUCGCGCCUCAACCACAACGAGUUCAUCCCCAGCGAGUCCAUGGCCCGACUCAGACAGGUAUGUGUGUCACCGACCGGAGUUCUAACCCGGGUCUCAGGUGCUUCAAGACUGUUAGUCGUUGAGUUAAAGCCAAGGCAUUAGCUUAGGGAGCUAACGGAAGUAUUCAGGUCUCCGGCAAGUUUAGUCAUCACAUGAGAGUGGUUCCAAACCUCCUCCACUACAUAUGCACUAGUAGUACAGGGAAAUUCACUUACUGAGUUGCCCUGUUUGAAUAUGUUGAAAAUGUAUCCUUUCUUUCUUCCUUUCCUUCAGGUAAUCACUGAUCUAACACAACAUGAUACUUGCUAGCAAGAAGUUCCUAUGUAGUUCCACUAUGUAGCUUCCACCUAUUCCUGCUGUGUCAGAUCAGUGAUAACUCCAAAGGAAGUGUACAGGGAAUAACAAGUAAUGAAUAAUAAGGCCAGUGAGUGUCCUUGCUGGGAGUGGGGGAAGUGAAUGAGCAUGAUCCCAUUUGAUAAAGUGACCUUGGCAACAUGACUGACUUUGUCCUGCGGUCCACCAGAAAAACCCUCACGCCAUCCGCGCAGCGGAGGAGAGGCGGGGCCUGGACCAGUUGACCAUGAACGUGGCGGUGAACCUGAGCCGGGCGUGGCAGCUCAGCAGCCACAUCCACAACAUGUGCAGUGAGGCCCGGGACGCCAUCUACACCCGGGAGAGGGAUGUCAAACAUUGGCUGGAGAGAGGUCAAUAGAAUGAAUAUGUGGGCACAGCGUGUCACAGAUAAUGUCGUCCCAAAGGGCAUGAAUACAAAUGGAAAAAGAGAAGCUGGGAGGCAAAAAUGAAAGGUGAUCUGCAGUGGUCCAAAGUACUUAAGUAAAAAUACUUUAAGGUACUCUUAAGUCGUUUUUUGAGGUAUCUGUACUUUACUAUUUAUAUUUUUGACUACUUUUACUUUUACUUCACUACAUUCCUGAAGAAAAUAAUUUACUUUUUACUCCAUAAAUGUUCCCUAAGACCCAAAAUUACUCGUGACAUUUUGAAUGCUUAGCAGGACAGGAAAAGUGUCCAUUUUACGUACUUCCCAAGAGAACAUCACUGGUAAUCCCUACUGCCUCUGAUCUGGCGGACUCACUAAACACAUGCUUCAUUUGUCAAUUAUGUCUGAGUGUGCCCCUGGAUAUCCGUAAAAAAAAUUAAAAACAAGAAAAUGGUGCAGGCUGGUAUGCUUAAUAUAAGGAAUUUGAAAUGAUUUAUACGUAGGUAUUUUUAAAACCAAAUACUUUUAGACUUUUACUCGAGUAGUAUUUUACUGGGUGACUUUUUUACUUGAGUCAUUUUCUAUUAAGGCAUAUUUACUUUUACUCAAGUAUGACAAUUGGGGACUUUUUACACCACUGGUGAUCUGUAUCUUUCAGAGUCAAUGUUUUGGCCUAGUGGUCUUUCUCAAGACAUGAUGCACAUUUGUCCACCAUUGUGUGGACGUGGAAUAAAAGAUACAGAUCACCUUUCAUUUUUGUCCUCCCAGCUUCUCUUUUUCAUGUGGAUAGGUCAGCUCUCGCUCUCUCGCUCUCUGUCUCUCUCUCUCUCUCUCUCUCAUAUGAUUGGCUGGAAUAAAAGCCAGCACACACUAUGGCCUCCAGAAACGGAGUUUCCCACCCUUGGUCUAGACCUUAAUCACAUACUCCCUCAAAUGUAAAUUAAUCCAAUGCAUUUUAGCUCUAUAUGUACACUACCAUACCAAACUAGCCCAGUUCUACUUCAAUAACACUAUUAGUCUUUGACAAAGUAAACAAAGAUUAUGCAAUCUACUGUAAAGUCAAACACUCUCUCCCUGAAAGAGUCUGUUUUGCUCCUAAAGCUCUCUUUCUCUGUAUGAAUGUAUACUUGGCUCAACUUUAGGCAAUCACGUUUCGUGAUUGUUGAUAGUUGUUUCGCGAGAACUAUUUUGCUGAUUGAAAAGAGCCCUGUGUCUUUAGUUUAGUUUAUAUUAAGUCCACAGUGUCUAGGUAUAGCUAAUGUACAGUACUGUAUACAAUGUAGCCUGAUGGUCAUAGUACAGUGCAUGGUGAACCAUCUGUGAGUGAAUAGAGAUAGCAGCACUCUUUUGCAGGACAAAGUUCCUUAUUGCUAGACUGGUCCCAGAUCUGUUUGUGCCAUCUUGCCAUUCUAUGCCAUCUAUGGCCAUUGUCACAGUGGGAGUUGUCAAGACAGCACAAACCGAUCUGGGACCAGGCUACCUUAUUAGAGCAUUGACUCACAAAUAUGUUGUUUGCUGCACCUGUAGGAGUGGAGGGCUCCAUGUUUGAGAUCCUGCCCCAGUCGGUGGACGUGGUCCCGGUCCUGCUGUCGUGCCGCUCUACGAGAGACCUGUGGCAGGCCUGCUCCUGCAGCUACAGCCUGCGUCUGGAGUGGUACCCCUGCCUGCUCAAGUACUGCCGCAACCGCGACACCACGGGCAAAGGCAGCCCCUACAAGUGUGGCAUCAAAAGCUGCAGCAAAGGCUACCACUUCACCUACUAUGUCCCCCACAAACAGCUCUGUCUCUGGGAUGAGGAGACUUAG